AGUCGGUGUCUCAGCAGGACCCUGCUGUCACUUUCUUUGGUGCUAGAGGCUCGUGCGCACAUGACCUGACUACGUGAUGACCAAGUGGGCUCUUCUGGUGCUGAUGGUCCUGACUUUGGGCAGGGUCCCACUUGUCUCAGCGACCCCUGUGCCAGCCUUCCGGCUCCUCCCUCAGAACCUUCCCCAGGCCCUGCCUCGCCCUGUGGCCUCAAAGAGCCCCUCAGCCGGCACCACAGGCCCCUCCGCUGCUUGGAGCCGGCCCAGCCCUGGCCUCCGCCGUGGCCCACGCAUUACCCUCUCGCUGGACGUCCCCCUUGGCCUCCAGCAGAUCCUACUGGAGCAGGCCCGGGCCAGAGCUGUGAGGGAGCAGGCUGCCGCCAACGCUCGCAUCCUGGCCCAUGUUGGCCGCCGCUGA